ACCUUAGUUGUCUCGCAAACAGCGAGGAAAUAUCAUUUGCUCCUCUGAAGUGUCUUCACGCUGCCCAGCGAUGAGUAGUGAUGACGUUAUUGAACUUGGCCAUCAGCCGGAAAGAACUCUGGAAAACAUCAGACAAGUUCUUAUAACAAAAAUCCCGUCUUAUAUUGAAUCCAGAAGAAGAAAACUUCUACAAGAAUCGUCUGAAAUAGACACCGUAAGUUACAGAAUACUCGAUUGUCACGUGACCUUAUUAUCGCCAUCAAAUUCUGUACGUAAUUUGAGUUCGGAUAUAUAUCGUGCCGAAAUUGAGACGGAGGAGAAUAAAAUUAAAGAAAACGGUGAAAUAAAUCAGAAACAUGUAAGGAAAGAGAGCUUAAUAGUGAAGAAAUAUGCGAUGAAUUCAGGUGUACGAGACAUGCAAGAUUCAAGUCAUCUAUUUUACGUGGAAAGUAAGAUGUUCAGUGACGUCAUACCUUUAUUUCAUUCGACGUUAUCGCCCAUUUCUGGGGACAGUGAUUCUGGUUAUUCAUCAAGCAACCUUCGUAAAGCAUAUUCAUUAUUUCCCAAAUGCUAUUAUACAUCUCCGAAAUGUAAAGACUCUCUGAUUGUGCUUGAAGAUCUUGAGAACAGUGGAUAUAGAAUUGGAGAGAAUGACUCGUUGCUUAUGGACUUUGAUCACAUAGUUUUGGCGUUGGAAGGUUUGGCAAGAUUUCAUGCUCUAUCAUACGCUAUGAAGAAAAAGGAUCCUCAAGGUUUCUACGGUCAUGUGGUCCAGAAACUGAAAAAGGGGAAGAAAUUAUGUUCAGAAGACAAAACCAGGGAGUUGAUGUACGCUCACGCUUAUUUUCAGUGUCUACAGUUCGCAGCUCUUCAGCCACUAGAAGUUUUUGCAAUGGAGCAUCUUAAGGGCAGUGGGAAGUACGGGUCGUGUGUUGAGCGCCUGAACACGUUACUAGAAGACACAGUGGGUCUCAUUCGUAACUUGCUGAUCCCAAAAGAACCGCUUUCAGUACUUUGUCAUGGAAAUUUCAACAUGAAGAACAUACUUUUCCUGUAUGACUCAAGCAACAAACCUGUCGCAGUGAAAUUCACAGACUUCCGAAAUGUCCACUACGCUUCGCCAGCAAUAGACUUAUCUUUGUUCCUAUUUCUGAACGCCAGCCCUGAACUUCGUGCUGCAAAUUGGGUCGAUUUCUUCUCUAUCUACCAUAAGACUCUUCUGAAGGCAAUCUCUGAGUUCCUGGAGUGUCCAGAAGAGGAACUGUUACCAGAGUAUAGUAUAGGGGCUUUCAAAGAAGAAUUCUCGAAGCAUGCAGUUUAUGGCUACGUUGUGACAGCUGGUUGUGUUACUUCGGCACUGUCAAAGCGAGUUAAAAUUCAAAAGAUAUUUGAAAUGUUCAGCAACGGGUUUUCUUCGAGGGAAAAUGUGGACAAUUGCAUUAAAGAAAAUUUGAAAUUGGAAGGAGAAGAAGUAACUUCCAGAUUGGUAUCUUUGAUAAAAGAAUUGGUGGAUGAAGGAUACUUGUGAUUGCCACUUAAAAUUGUCUGUUUCCAUGACUUUCUGGUAUUUCUGUCGUUUCUCUUAUGUCACAUUGCAAGAAAUGAUGUUUUACUCUUUUCCACUAAGACAAAUUUUCUUGAAACCAAAAAUAUUUACUUUAAGUAGCCUGUGAUUGUACUAAUCGAAAGAUAUGCACUUUCUCUUGACAGAACAAGUGAUCUGUUAGCAGUUUUAAAACAAUUGCUGUGAAAACAUAGAAAUAAAAUAUUUUAAUUGAAA